GAGGGACGAGCAGGGAGCAGUGACUGGUGGAACGUCAAAGUGGCAGUGGGGACGUGGAAGUUUCCGAUUUCUACAAUUAACUACGCGGAGACUCAGGCGCCCAGACAAGUGCAGCCAACCCAGCCCUGCGGCGGGGGGACGCUUCAGGAGGGCGGAGGCCACAGUUCGCUGUAAUGUGAACCAGGCUCCGGCGGAAGGGCGGCCAGGCACCGAUCAAGGGACCGGCUCCGGGGCUCGGGAGAGAACGCGAGAGCUUCGCCCUCCUUAGGCUGAGGCCGGCGGGCGUCCCGGAGGAGGUGUAAUUUGAGUAGAGCUUCUGAGGUCACACGGAGACACCAGAAGGCCUUUGAUGAAAGAAUUUCUUCACAAAGCGCUGCCCAGGAAAGAAGGCAGAGGGGGCGGGGCCUGGAGCUGCGGCCCGGAGUGCACUCGGAAAUCUUCGGCUGAGGCUCGGCAAUCCUCCUCAACUCUGGCUUCGGCCUGGAGCCCGGGGCUGAUCCGGAAACAGCCGAGCGGAUCCGGAAACAGCCGAGAGGCCCCGGAAGCGGUGAGGGCCGUCACCAAGGACUGCGGGAACCCGCCGUUUGCGCAGAGGCGAUGGCGGCAGCUGCGCCCACGGCCGCGGGCGAGGACGGCCAGGGAUGGCGGCCGGGGGCCGCUCUGGGUCCCCAGCCCCAGGAUGGGGCAAAGGUUGAGGCUGAGUCCGGGGAGCUCGGCCGGCUUCGGGCUGAACUGGCAGGCGCCCUGGCAGAAAUGGAGACCAUGAAGGCUGUGGCGGAGGUGAGCGAGAGCACGAAGGCCGAGGCUGUGGCUGCAGUGCAGCGGCACUGCCAAGAAGAGGUGGCCUCGCUGCAGGCCAUCCUGAAAGACUCCAUCAGCAGCUAUGAAGCGCAGAUCGCUUCUCUGAAGCAGGAGCAGCAGCAGCAGCAGCAGGAUUGCGAGGAGAAGGAGCGGGAGCUGGGCCGCCUCAAGCAGCUGCUGUCCCGGGCUCACCCCCUGGACUCCUUAGAGAAGCAGAUGGAAAAGGCCCAUGAGGACUCGGAGAAGCUGCGGGAGAUUGUGCUGCCCAUGGAGCAGGAGAUCGAGGAGCUGAAGGCGAAACUGCUGAGGGCAGAGGAGCUGAUUCAAGAGAUCCAGAGACGGCCCCGGCAUCCCCCUUCCCUGCACGGCUCCGCGGAGUUGCUGCCCCUGUCCCGGGACCCAUCUCCCCCACUGGAGCCUCUCGAGGAGCUGAGUGGAGAUGGGGGUGCAGCGGCUGAGGCCUUCGCCCACAACUGUGAUGACAGCGCCUCCAUCUCCUCCUUCUCCCUUGGCGGCGGGGCCAGCAGCAGCAGCACCUCCCUGCCCCGUAGCCGCCAGGGCCUGAGCCCCGAGCAGGAAGAGACAGCCUCCCUGGUGUCCACGGGCACCCUAGUACCCGAAGGCAUCUACUUGCCCCCCCCUGGUUACCAGCUUGUCCCAGACAACCAGUGGGAGCAGCUGCAAAUGGAGGGGCGGCAGCUGCAGAAGGACCUGGAGACUAUCAGCCGUGAGAGGGACGAGCUGCAAGAGGGUCUGAGACGGAGCAACGAGGACUGCGCCAAACAGAUGCAAGUGCUCCUGGCCCAGGUCCAGAACUCAGAGCAGCUGCUGCGGACCCUGCAGGGGACCAUGAGCCAGGCCCAGGAACGGGUUCAGCUGCAGAUGGCAGAGCUGGCUGCCUCCCACAAGUGCCUGAGCCACGAGGUGAAGCGGCUGACUGAGGAAAACCAAGGGCUCCGGGCUGAGCAGCUGCCGUCUUCAGCCCGCCGGGGCCUGGAGCAGGAUGAGGGCCAGGAGGCAUCGCUGCCUAGCUCCGUGCCGGAGCUGCAGCAGCUGGUGUGCCGCACGCGGCAGGAGGCACGGGCCCACCAGCAAGCCCAGGAACACGAGGCCGAGCGCCUACGGAUUGAAAUCGUGACGUUGCGGGAGGCACUGGAGGAGGAGACGGCGGCAAGGGCCAGCCUGGAGGGGCAGCUGAGGGUGCAGCGGGAGGAGACAGAGGUCUUAGAGGCCUCCCUGUGCAGCCUGAGGACGGAGGUGGAGCGGAUCCAGCAGGAAAAGAGCAAGGCCCAGCUCACAGACCUCCUCUCAGAACAGAGGGCAAAGGUGCUACGGCUGCAGGCUGAGCUGGAGACCAGCGAACAGGUGCAGAGGGAUUUUGUACGACUGUCCCAGGCCCUGCAGGUGCGCCUGGAACAGAUCCGCCAGGCAGAGAGUCUGGAGCAAGUGCGUAGCAUCAUGGAUGAGGCACCUCUCAGGGACGUCAGGGACAUCCAGGACACCUGAGGGCAGAACCACCUGCCCUGGGGAGACUGCCUUUCUCCACUCCCGAACUGUGAGGCUUGAGCUUGGGGGGUCUCAGAAUGGAGUCUUCACCCUCUCUAAGCCUGGGGUGGAGGUGACAGGGCCACCUCUGCCCUAUCCCUCCAGCGCCUCCUCCCAGGGGUGGCUGGGCCUUCUGCUUCCAAGGAUGACACCUGGGUGAGGGUCCCAAACCCCUUUUGGAACCAAAGGUGCAGGCUCAGCUCUGCGGCUUUCUGGCUGCCAUGCUGCCUCCUGAGUCCCAACGCUCCUGACCCCGUCCCCUCCGGACUAACAGCCAUGCCUGUCAGGAGAAGCCCAUUCGCUUCCACGAGGCACAGCCGAGCUGUGAGUGGUGGCUGGGAGCCUCUGUCUGUGUCUGUCAGUGGGUGCCUCCACACGCACACCUUGGGACAGGCAGCUGCUUUCUGAACCGCAUGACACUAAGAUGCUUGUCCCCAAGAUGUGCACGGAGGCAAGGCCAGACUUUUCUGUCAUUUAUUUUCAAUAAAUAAGCAGCUCAGCUCA